AUGAAGAGUCUUCGGAGCAAAGCGUCGCACUUCUUCAGAGAUAGCCCAAGUCGUGAUGAGAAGACCGCUAUCGCCGACAGUUCGGACAUCGACUUUGACGCCGGGAUUCAGGACGUGGAUAUGCGGAAAAAGCCAUCGCGAUUCUUUGGACGCAAGAACGACAAGCUAAACAAGCCACUGCCUACUCUGCCUUCCAAUCCCAACCCGUCCACGCCACUUUCCCCAGUCGCUACGCGUGUCACCCUAGGACAGCAAGGCGAUAGCUUUGAAAACCUACCCGACUACGAGGAUUUGGAAGAGGAAGAGUAUCAAACAAGCUCACCGGCACUUCCGCCAGCUUCGCGCAGCCUCUCCGCCACUCCAGAGCACAAACACGCUCGCGGUGGAGAGCCGGUUAGAUCAAAGUCACGCCCCAACUUCGCAUUACUUAGAGAAAAAGGCAUGUUUUCCGCUAUUCAUGCAAAUGUCAACACAAUGUUGACUCUUCUAGGCUCUCGUCUCUUCGGCGGCAGCAAGAACAACGACUCCACGCAGUCACCAACGCCUCCGCCUGUUCCACAGAUACCUACUAGCGUUCCUCUCCCCAAAGCACGCCUUCCUGGCCUCACAUCACUGUCAACAGCACGCACAUCGCGCGCGUCUCUCGUCAAGACUCAAAACCGCAGCGUCUCAAUCUCCCGUCCUCAGCUCAUGGCACAACUCUGCAGUCCACCCAUCCCAGAAAACCACGUCACGGUCCCCUUCGAAAAGCGUCCCGGACCACCACCUCCGCGCCCUCCCCGUCCUGAUAGUCUCGAUGAGGAGACUCUAGCCUUCAUGCGCGAAAGCGGUACACGUAUGGUCCUCCCCUCCAGCAACCGCGGCAGCACCAGUACAGCGACGGCCUCGACACCCCGCAGCCAAGCUAGUUCCAUCGAAGCGCGUCUCGGGUUUCCUUCUGGUCACGGUACUCCUCGUACCUGCUCCAUUGAGUCUCCUCUCGCAGCGCGCUUCACACCCGAUCCCAACCAGGCCCUCCCUGUUCGUGACAGCAGUGGCGAUCUGGUGUUAAGCCGCUUCAGCGAGUAUGUUCGUUACCAGCAACAGCGUAGCCAUGCGGUCGAUGGUGUUGAUGCUGAGGAUAGGGAGGUUGGUCCUAUUGAGAUGUGGGAUCCUACUAAAGAGGGUGAUUGGACGCUGGAGAAGCGGAUUAGUCAGGGUAGGGAUGGGAGGCCGGGUGGUAUGCUGUUUCGCGAUAGGUGGGGUGGGUUUCAUUUUGUGGCUGAUAUCUAA